AUGCCUUCUCUCGCCCGCACCAUCUUCGACUCGGAGGCUGACCACCCUACCCCGGUAGGAGUCGAGUUUAGGUCAUGCGAAGAUACUCCCGGCCACAGGUCUACUCGAUCCGGAGCAGUUCUUGGCAGUGUUAUGGAUCAGCGCAAAGCGGUUCUCGAAGAACUUGACGCGAGAUACCGCGUUGAGGCGAAUCCAUCUUUCAUUUUGAAGGCGUACGAAAAGGUGGCCACUGAGGAGGAUAUCAACACACUUCUCGAGAACAGCGAGCACUACAGGUGUGGUCGAUGGACGAAGCUCGUCGGAAUUACGGCGGGAAACAAUGAAUUCUACCAGGCCUAUAAGGACAUCAUUGAGGGCAUACUCAAAACCUCUAAACCACGCCUUGACACAGUAGAAGGGGGCAGAAGGAGGGUCUUCGUAACCGCUCCCACACGACCACCUCAUUCCGACCCAUUCGCAGCCAGGCAGUGGUCCUCUCCGGACAUCACGAUCACAGGUGACUCUCCUUUUCUCAUCCACACCGACAGAGAGCCCGCGUUUGCCAGCUACGAUCGUGCACUUUUUAUGGUUGAAGGAAAGGUGUUGAACACCGAAAGGAGCCUCAUUUCGGAAGACGACCAAAUUGGCCAGAUUGGAGUGCAUUGCCGACAGAUUCUCAAUCACCAACCGAACAGACUGUUCAGCAGAGGCCUCAUCGUCACCCCGACCCAGUUCCGAUUCUUCCAUUUUGAUCGUAGCGGGGUCCAAUAUACACCUUUCAUUGAUGUUCACGAAGAGGCUGCACUGUUCGUCCGUGCCGUGCUUGGGCUAUCGUCGACUGAUCCCAAAGUCGCGGGUUUCGACCCCAACAUCUACUGGGAAGGCCGAGAUGCCAAGAGGAUUGGCUACACAUUGCGGCUGAGGACUCCUCGAAGAACGUCGUUGCUUGUAGAAUCGUCGAAGGAGGCAGCUGCUAUGCGCGACGCAGCAUCCAACUCGUGGCGUUCGCUACAUCGGUCGAACGGCGAGCGUGAAUUCCUCGAAGCCGCGAAGAAUGUGGUUGGUGUGGGUCGCAUGGUAUCGUAUCAGGAAUACGACAAGCUCCGUACUUUUCGAGGAGGGGCGGUUGACGAUAUCGAGAACUUCCCCGACCGCAUUCAAGUCCACAUUAUUCUGGAGGAGUAUGGGCCUAGUUUCGACAACUUCACCAGCAAAAGGGAGUUACUUUGCGCAUUUGUGGAUGCAAUAAACGGCCAUCUACACUCUUAUAAACUGGGAAUCCUUCAUCGCGACGUCAGCGUUCACAAUAUCUUGCUCGGACAGGCCGGGUCUCCUAUGGGCUGGCGUGGAGUUCUGAUUGACCUCGACAUGGCAAUUUGGCAUAAUGAUCCGGAUCGUCAAAAGACCUCAGUUGACUUCAGAGCUGGCACUCGAAUGUUCCAAUCGGUCAUGGUUCUUCUCGGCUUUAGGAUGGAUAACUCUCCCCCUCACGAUCACCUCGAUGACCUGGAGUCUUUUUUCUAUGUCUUCACAUAUAUUCUAUUUGCCUACGUCAAGCCUAAGGAACGCCGAAAUUCUCUUCCCCGUCUUUUGCUGAAAUGGGACCAAUCAGAGCCGGAGCGGGCCGAGGAGGCGAAGUGCCACUUCAUGGCGUUACGACUUCACGAAGUGACCGACACGAUUGACUCAUGGUGGGGAAACAUCGUCGUCGAUCUAUUCACCAAGUUCAAACAAUACAUUCGCAACCGCUCAGAUGACAAACGGGACGCUUGGUACAGUGCAAGCACUCCUGACGCAGAGGCGAUAAAAAAACUCCGCGACGAAUUCGAGGACCACUACAAGCACAUCACGAAGCUCUUCCAGGAUGCUAUCACGAAUCUCGAUAAAGUUGAAGCGGAUGAAGCGGCUUCAAAGGCCGCCAUCGCAGAAGAAGAGGCAUCGAGCGCUCUUCCACCCUCUCCCUCUCCCCAGAACAACAGGCCGUCGCGACUUCUCAUCCCUCCGGUCCGUUCUCACAAUUCCAAUUCGUCCGACAACGGCAAGCGAAAGCUGGAAGAAGGAGACGGGGGCGAAAUUGAGCCGCCAUCCCCCUUGAUGAAACGCCUUAAGGACCUGGACGGACGCGGUGUUUCUUCGAAGCCAGGUUGCUAG